AUGUAUCUUGCUCUUCUGGUGAUUUUCUUGCAGUGUUCAGGACUUUACACGCAAGAGAGAGUUUUUACUUUCAACAGUGUAGAGAUCAAGGUUCAGCCAUCUGUCAAGGUGAAGAAUGGAGCUCCCCUGUCCAUUAUCUGCCACGCUGACGUUAGCAAAAGCAAUGAUUUCCAGCUGAAGCAUAAUUUCACAAUAUUUAAGGAUGGCAAACCUGUGUUUAUGGCUGUGUCUGACAAGGGAGAUGCCCAGUAUGAAAUCCCUGUGGCUAGAUCUCCAGACACAGGAGAAUAUGAGUGCACAGUGAAAGCAGGUGGGAAGACAAAGUCCAGUAAUGCUGUACAUGUUUGGGUGACAGGAAUGACCAAGCCAACCCUGACUGCUGACAGGAGAGAGGUUCUGGAGGGAGAAGUUGUGAAGUUACGCUGUGAGCUGCCAGAAGAAGAACCUCCUUUGCAUUUCUUUUUCCGGAAGAUAAAAACAAAUUCAGCACCUAAGGAAAAAUCUGUCUUUGAAGCACACAGAAAUUAUUCUGAAAUGGAAUUUUCCAUUGAAGAGGGAGACAAUAUUUUAAAAUUUGACUGCUUUGGCAGGAGACACGUGAAAUUUGAAUUAGAAAACUCAGAAUACAGCAACCAAACGCUUGUCUUAGUCAAGGAGCCAUUUAUAAAACCCUCCCUGGCUGUCAAGCCCUCCCGAAACGUGACCGAAGGAGACAGAAUCCAGUUUGAGUGCUCCACUGCAGUGGCUCAGGUUCAUGGCAUCGAGAUCAUCCUCCAGAGAAACAGAACUAUACUCAACAGUGUACGGGACGAGAAAGAUCUGAAAUACUCUGCAGUAGCUACUCUAGAGGACAGUGGGGAAUACCUGUGCAAGGUGGAGCAAGGGAGAGCGUCGAAAGCCACCAAGCUGAGUGUUGUGGUGUCAGAGUUAUUCCCCAAGCCAACAUUGUCUACUUCUCUGACUGAUGUGGAUGAAAAUAAAGAGCUGACUUUGAGCUGCAGCAUUAAUGGUCUUCGGAGAGCCAAUUUCUCUAUACUACGGAAAGUUUCCAGUGGAGACAUCCUAUUGAAAAAUUCCAGAAACUUAACCAUGAGAGUUAGUGUGAAUGACACUGGAUCCUAUACCUGUAAAGCUGAAGUGAAAGGAAUAGUCAAGGAGAGCAAACCUGUAAGGAUAAAUGUUUAUGCUCCAGUCUCCAAGCCAACCCUCUCCGUCGUCAGCGGUUUGCCAGAGGUGGUGUUGGGGAAACCUCUGCAGCUCAUCUGUCAUUCAGUGAUGGGAACUCCACCAAUAACAUUCACAUUCUACAAAGGAAAUGAUGUGAAGAAAAGAGUGGUUAAUAACACAUAUGCUACAUUCUUGGAUGAAAACAUUAGGCUAAAUGACACAAGAGGGUACAGGUGUGAUGCUAAAAAUAAUCACUCCAGUGGUUUGAAGACCAGCAAUAUCCUAAAUGUCACAGUAAUAGUGCCCAUAAAGGAUGCCAGCUUGGGCAGCAUUCCCUAUGGAGAAGUGGAAGAUGGCAGUGGGACUGCUUUUCUCUGCUCUGUGAAAGAAGGAUCUUGGCCAAUCCACUUCAAGAUUUUUAGAAAAACUGAUCGAGAAGUUCUUCUGUAUGAAAAAAGUGAGAAUGCAGACAGAAUCAUGUGGCACAAGAAAAGCAUGAAGAGGCAGGACACAGGGACAUACUACUGUGAGGCCUCCAACAGAGCCAAGGUGGACGUGAGGAGCCACCCAAUAACCAUCAGUGUCAUCUUAGCAGCUUGGCAGAAAGGAGUCAUUGCUGCCUUUGUCCUAUUAGCCAUGGCAGGAGUAGGAGCACUCGCUGUGUGGUGGUUUCUGCGUAAGAAGAAAAGGGCUAAAGGACCAUCCCUGGAGAUGUCUGGUUCUGCCUUGGCUGCAAACUUGACAAGUGAAAAGCUAACAAGACAGCCCAGUGAUGGAGACUACUAUUCAGGAUCAGGUUACAUUGAAGAUAGUGAAAAUCACAUGAAAUCAACAGAUGAGAGUAAAGGACCUGACCUUGAGAGUGCUGAGGUGGAGUACACUGAAGUCGAAGUAUCAACGCUUGAUCCUCACAGAGCUCCUGUACAGAAGGGGACUGAAACAGUUUAUAGUGAAAUCAGAAAAGCUAAUAAUGAUUCUCUGGAAAACAGACAUUCUGUAAGUAUCUGUUCUAUGCACAGGCUAUUAAAGUACUACAAGAUCUGGGCCACAGAUAACAAAGGUGUCUCAAAAUGUGGGACAUUAGAUCAGCAGAAGCCUCCAGUGAAGACAAG